UUGGAAGAUAUUGGAAAAAAUUGGAAGAUAUUGGAAGAUAUUGGAAGACAUUGGAAGACAUUGGAAGAAAUUGAAAGAAAUUGGAAGAAAUUGGAAGAAAUUGGAAGAAAUUGGAAGAAAUUGGAAGAAAUUGGAAGAAAUUGGAAGAAAUUGGAAGAAAUUGGAAGAAAUUGGAAGAAAUUGGAAGAAAUUGGAAGAAAUUGGAAGAAAUUUGAAGAAAUUGGAAGAAAUUGGAAGAAAUUGGAAGAAAUUGGAAGAAAUUGGAAGAAAUUGGAAGAAAUUGGAAGAAAUUGGAAGAAAUUGGAAGAAAUUGGAAGAAAUUGGAAGAAAUUGGAAGAAAUUGGAAGAAAUUGA